CCACAACCUUUUCCCUCCCCUCUCCAUCUAUCGCAUGUCCCCCUCUCUAUCCACAUCCUCUCCAUCUCUCCCCCGCACUCUAUGCUUUCCCUCCCCCCCAGGUGAGCGGUGACGACGAAGUGCGCGGGAGCAACCUGCGCUACAGCAUCGCCCACCGGCAGCGCCUGUCGGAGGAAAAUCUCAUCCCGACAAUGACUCGCAAGUUCGGCUUCGUGACGUCGUACACCCGAGCUCCGCGCGCCAACAGGGUCAUCCUGGAACUGUCCGAAGAUGAUGAGUCUGGUCCUGGCUGUGGCAUCGACACCAAGGAGGACAGCCCAGUAAGCAAAUGCAUCACGUCGAUAGAACAGCCUAUUUCAGGGUGCUAUCAUCACAACAUGCUCGGGGAAAAUGAUAGGGACAUACACAUCAUCGAAGUGGACGGCAGCAGUAAUGAAAAUGGAAGCCUUAUCCUCGAGGUCACGGGAAAAGGAGAAAGAGGUGGAAGCAGCAUUGGCCAAGGUGGGAGUACCAGCGUGGAGAGAAAUAUUACGUUUGUACUCCGCACUUCCAGACCGACCACUUGGUCCCUACAUGCUACCAGUCUUCAGGGCACCAUUACUUUGCUUGUGGGUGGAGGUGAUCAGGUAGAGAACACAUCAGUGUCAGGACCUGGUGUGAUGGUGGAAGUCAAGAGAAUCGAAGUGCCAGCUACCUUUGACCAGCUGAUCCUAACAGUAUUAACGACCAUUGGCCCACCUGUGUCUUACACUCGCACUACAAGCCCAAACAAGAUUACUGUUGUAGUCCCUGCAAAGAAUGAAAAUCGGGUAGUGCUGCCUUCAUAUAUCCCCGUUAAUGAAAGACCAACAGUUUAUGCAGAGGACCCUACAACACUGAUACAUGGAGCGCUUUCUGUAAGCUGUGACCAAAACAGCAUGACAGUGGCCAUCCCUCGUCGGAUAUCGGAACGCGUGGGAGGAAUCUCGAUGUCUUUAGCCGAUCGCUCGUGUACGGGGGUGCUGAAUGCCACUCACGUCGUCAUAAAGCAGAGGUUCUCCAGAUGUAGUUUUACUCAUCAAAACUCGGCCUACCAGACUACAUAUACAAAUUAUGUAAUCAUGGAAUUAGGCCCAAGUAUUAGUGAUGACGAAGACUUUGAUGGCUCAGGAUAUGGGUCAGAUGAUGAGUAUUAUGCCACCAAAAUCCAUCCAAUACAGGUGCAGUGUCAAGUAGACCCCCAACCAGAGCAGGAAACCAAGACAACACCAAACAGGAAGAGUACUACGGAAUCUUCAGCUGGAGCGACAUACAAGAUGGAUAUCUUUAGGGAUCGGGAUCACAAGACACCUAUAACGUCAAGUGAUUUGCCAGCAACCACAAAUGUCAACCGUAGACUCUAUGUUCGAACCAAGCUAGCCAGUGUAAUGCCAUGGACUGCAGCAUAUGAUGCAGAUUUACGGGUUGUCUUGGAAGACUGCUGGUUAAGCAACAGCUCAGCUCCUGAGCGUCCAGGUGCUCCUAGAAUACCUCUCAUGCGCAAAUCUUGCCCUCAUGAUUCAUCUAUUGAUUUAGAGCCAGAGCAGUACCACAGCCCCACCUCAGGAUUCAGCUUUCAGGUCCUUCCUGAGUAUUCUUAUUUGGGUUCUUUCUACCUACACUGUCAGUUGGGAGUAUGUUCUGCAGACUCUCUUCCAAGGCCAGCUGUAAAUCGGUGUAUAAAUCCUGGUCACUACUGUAAUGAGGCUCCACUCAUGCAAGUGUUUCUUGAUCAACCAUCAUCUUCAUCGCUGCAGACCUUGACUGUUGGACCUUUUACAAUUGUGUCAAGUACAAAGUCUGCCUGGUCAGACAAGAACACUGGAAAAAGGAAGGAGAAUAGCAAAGAGGGCAUGACCAAGAACAGUGAUGUCAGCCUGCCCGUCAACAAUGCCACAGAAGAUAAAACCCAAAUUAUCGUACUAGGAGGACUCUCAACGGAGAUAGUUGUAGGAAUAGCAUUGGCUUCAUUCAUCAUUGGUGUUUGUUUGACUGCUACACUCUGGGUGAUACAUAUGAAGACAGAUCCCCGACGGCAGAAGCGUCCAGAGGGUGGGGCACCAAGGAAUUCCGGAUAUGAUCUAUCAGCUCACUCAGGAUCGUCGACUCCCUCAUCGCAGGCUCCCAUGACAGCCUGACGGUCCCAUGGGCUGCCCCCGUUGUGGUCACGGCGUGGCAAACUCCAGCAUGCACCUCCUCCAACCACCAGUUGUGUCUAGUGGCCAAGAACUAUGUUUCCAGGUGACCAGAUAGAAAUUAAUCCCAGUCUACAAACAGGCCACUACUGACACUUGCCUGUGACUACCACGAGAAUGGCUGCCUGAUUUUGUGCCCUUCCUGAGU